AUGGUACCCUUCCUGCUGGUGCUCCUACCCCUGCUGGUGCUGUCAGUGGGGCCCUGCUGUGAGGGAGGGAGAAUAUUGGUGUACCCUGUGGAUGGGAGCCACUGGGUGAACAUGCGCAUAUUGGUGGAAGCGUUGCAUGCCCGGGGUCACCAGCUGACGGUCCUCCGCUCAUCCACCAGCUGGUAUGUGUCAGAGCACUCACCACACUAUACCUCCAUCACUGUCCUGCAGGCCAAACCACAGAACAUUGAGAGCCAUGAGUUCAUGACCGCCUUUCUCAGGAGGUCUGUGGAGAUCCGCAAGGGUGAGGGCUCCUUGACGGCCUUCUUUGCCUAUUACAUCAACCUCUUCCACAUGGUAAAGGAAAACCAGAGGGUGGUGGCAAAGCUGGUGGUCACCAUGUUUGAGGACCAUUCACUAAUGAGGAGACUGCAGGAUUCUCAAUUUGAUAUGGUCCUGACUGAUCCAGUCUUCCCAGCUGGCGUGCUGGUGGCCCAUUAUCUCCAGUUGCCCCUGGUUUUGAAUGUACGUUGGCUCUUCAAUGGGGAGGGGCACUUUGCCCUCGCCCCCUCACCCCUCUCCUACAUCCCCCAGCUGUUUUCGCGCCUUUCGGACAGGAUGGACUUCAUACAGAGGGUCUCAAAUUUCUUGUACUAUGGUCUCAGCCUCUACAUGUAUUGGUUCAUCUCUAACCCACCUUUUCAGGCUGUGUGUGAGCAAUACUUUGACUCUGGUGUGAAUGUGCUCUCCAUCAUCCAAGGUGCUGACCUGUGGCUGAUGCGGGCAGACUUUGUUUUUGAGUUCCCGCGCCCCACUAUGCCCAACGUGGUGUACAUGGGCGGCUUCCAGUGCAAGCCGUCUCAGCCCCUGCCUGCAGAGCUGGAAGAGUUCGUUCAGAGCUCUGGGGAGCACGGGGUCGUGAUCAUGUCUCUAGGGACACUACUUGGAGGGCUCCAACCUGAGUUGUCAGAGGUCAUUGCUUCAGCUUUUGCUCGCCUGCCUCAGAAGGUGGUGUGGAGGCACUUAGGGGAGAAGCCCUCCACCCUCGGCAACAACACCCUGCUGCUGGACUGGCUGCCCCAGAAUGACCUGCUGGGACACCCCAAGACUCGUGCCUUUGUCACACAUGGGGGUACCAACGGCAUCUAUGAGGCCAUCUAUCAUGGCGUGCCCAUUGUGGGGCUUCCACUCAUCUUUGAUCAGUUUGACAACAUGGUGCGUCUAGAGGCCAGGGGUGUGGCACAGGUCCUGGAGGUGACAGCUCUGGAUGUAGAGUCCCUGACCCAAACUCUUCUUGAUGUCCUGGACAAAAAAAAGCCCUACAGGGACAAUAUGCACAGACUGUCCAAACUGCACCAUGACCAGCCUCUCAAGCCCAUAGACAGCGCCAUCUUCUGGCUGGAGUUUGUCAUGAGGCACAAGGGUGCAGCUCAUCUGCGCACAGAGUCUUACAGGAUGCCCUGGUAUGCCUACCACAAUGUGGAUGUGCUUGCUCUACUAUUCACUGCUGCAACUACCAUCCUGCUGUUCCUCUGGGUGACCUGCAAGUGUCUAUGUUGGAGCCUCUGCAGGAGCAGAAAGGUCAAACUACAGUGA